UUCGGAACGACUCUUAAUUAAAUUGCCUUAAAAAUCCUCGAGAAAUCACAUAUUUACGUAAUUUUCCUGAGAACCAACUAUGAAUACAUUAUUGUUGUUGGUAUUGGUCACCGUCUCGUCCUCGAUCGACUUCGUCAAGUCUCAAGAGAGAUGCGAUUCCAACCUUGAUUGCAUCAGCUACUGUUGUAAGAAUGGCGAAUGCCAGAAAACAGCUUUUGAAUGUCUUACUGUUCCAACUACGAAUACGGAUUUUUUGGACAAAUGCUACGCGAACACCGACUGUUAUAUGUCCACUGAAUAUUGCUGUGUAAAUAAAAAGUGUCAAGCCUGCACACUGAGCACAAAUGAUCCUCCGUACCAAUAUGAAAACAAUCAUUAUGAUGGAAGUUCUGAUGGCUCUAGCCGUUCUGGCGAUCGUAUGAGUGCUGGUGCCAGUUCUGCUAUAGGUUUUGCCGUGGUCUUCCUGGUCAUCGUGAAGAUUGGGAUUUGUGUUUCUUUGUGUUCCCGUACAUCAAGGCGAAGACGUGUUGUCGUGAUCCGAAGACGAACGUGCGAUUUCAUCGCGCCAGUCGUGGAAAACGACGAGCUCCAACGUGAACACGAACGUGCGCAGCAGGAACAGCAGGAGCACCGUCGUUCACCCCCUCCAUACAGUCCACAAGCUGACCAUCAUGUGAUUUCAUCUUCACGAGAACAAGGAGUUUCAAAAGAGACUCCAACUGAGCCACCGCCUGAAUAUACCAAUAUUUCUAUGGACAAUCCAAUCGAGAAGAACGACAUAGACUCUUACGAAGGAACUCCAGGGACCGGUGGCACAGAUGAAAUGAAUGGUGUACCACAAGGCGAAACAAUGCUUCCUACACCCAGUUCCAUAUCACCAAACAACGCAGACGAAAAUUCAAAGUAAAGGAACUUUGUUACGUUUUGGUCGUUUUUCGUGCUCACGAUAAACUCUAGCGUGAGUACGAAUGAGCUCAAACGUGAACACGAUCAUUGAAAGUUUUAAAGCUUUUUAUAUAAAAUUUUAAAAACGUAAAAAUGCAUGGACGAGUAUCAGCACAGGCUGUAUGAAACUUUCUGUAAUCAUUACCAGAUAUCGAAAACUACUCUGUAUAUUGUACAAAAGUGAAUGUAAUAUACCUAUAACUAUCUAUCAUAUGAGAACUCGUCUGUCACGUUAAUAAUGUCAAUGUCGUUUAUAAAGAACUUCUUUAUAUAUAUGGUUUCGUAAGCCGCGUUGGUGUGAGCCUUGGUAUGAAACGCCCUCCUGUUGUUUAUUAUAAUAAAGUUUCAAGCAUCGACUAUAAUUUAAACUUUUACGAAUCGAGAU